AUGACACCACCACCUCAACUGACUCUCCAACAACAAGCUGUCAUCCAACACCCGCCGUCCUCGGAUCCCAACCUGGACCGGCUUCAAGAGGACACCCCAAAACUCAUUCACCAGAUAAUCACUGACAAAACUACUAAUUCAUACAAUGUAAAGUACCGACCAGAUUUAAACAAUGCCUCAUCUCAUGCAGGAAAUGGUCAAGAUGUUUCUGACAGAAACAGACUGACAACAAAUAACCUCACUGACAAGGCAACACAGACAUCUAAAAAUGCAGACAACAGCCCCAGCAGUAAUAACAAUAAUAGCCCUCCUCCUACAGAACUUGAAACAACUGUGAAUAAAAGACGUUUGGUGUCCUCAGCCAGUGUUGACAAUGGCAAUUUAUCUGUUGAUGCCUAUCUAUCUCUCUCUCUCAGUCUGUUAAUAUCUCUCUCUCAGUCUGUUAAUAUCUCUCUCUCUCUCUCUCAGUCUGUUAAUAUCUCUCUCUCUCUCAGUCUGUUAAUAUCUCUCUCUCUCUCAUCUGUUAAUAUCUCUCUCUCUCUCUCUCAGUCUGUUAAUAUCUCUCUCUCUCUCUCUCUCAGUCUGUUAAUAUCUCUCUCUCUCUCAUCUGUUAAUAUCUCUCUCUCUCUCAGUCUGUACAUAUCUCUCUCUCUCUCAGUCUGUUCAUAUCUCUCUCUCUCUCUUCAUAUCUCUCUCUCUCUCUGUUCAUAUCUCUCUCUCUCUCUCUCUCAUAUGUUCUCUCUCUCUCUCUCUCUCUCUCUCUCUCUCAGUUUGUUCAUAUCUCUCUCUCUCUCAGUUUGUUCAUAUCUCUCUCUCUCUCAGUUUGUUCAUAUCUCUCUCUCUCUCUCAGUUUGUUCAUAUCUCUCUCUCUCUCAGUUUGUUCAUAUCUCUCUCUCUCAGUUUGUUCAUAUCUCUCUCUCUCUCUCAGUUUGUUCAUAUCUCUCUCUCUCUCUCAGUUUGUUCAUAUCUCUCUCUCUCUCUCUCAGUUUGUUCAUAUCUCUCUCUCUGUUCAUAUCUCUCUCUCUAUCUUCUCAGUCUGUUCAUAUCUAUCUAUCUCAGUCUGUUCAUAUCUAUCUAUCUAUCUCAGUCUGUUCAUAUCUAUCUAUCUAUCUCAGUCUGUUCAUAUCUAUCUAUCUAUCUCAGUCUGUUCAUAUCUAUCUAUCUAUCUCAGUCUGUUCAUAUCUAUCUAUCUAUCUCAGUCUGUUCAUAUCUAUCUAUCUAUCUCAGUCUGUUCAUAUCUAUCUAUCUAUCUCAGUCUGUUCAUAUCUAUCUAUCUAUCUCAGUCUGUUCAUAUCUAUCUAUCUAUCUCAGUCUUCCAUAUCUAUCUAUCCCUUUCUGUUCAAGUCUAUUUCUCUCUUAAUCUGUUCAUAUCUAUCUAUCUAUCUAUCUGUUCAUAUCUAUCUAUCUGUUCAUAUCUAUCUAUCUAUCUGUUCAUAUUUCUCUCAGUCUGUUCAUAUCUAUCUCCCUCUCAGUCUGUUCAUAUCUAUCUCCCUCUCAGUCUGUUAA